AUGCAAUUUCCUUGCAUUCUUGCAGCCGUCUUGGCUUUCAGCGAGGCGGGCCUCGCCUUCUCGGGCGGCUACACUGGACAAGUAGCGACCCACAUCAAAUGGAAGUCUCCGACGGUCAAAGAACGAGGGGACCUCACUAUAGGAGGACUGACUCUGGGUAGUGGGGACAACGGCGGUCAGCCAGGGGGAGCAGCAGCCGCUACUGGCACCACAGCUGCUGGUCAAUCCAACAGCACAAAUACCGGAGGCGGAGGAGGCUCCAGCUUGACACUGCCUAAUGGGCUGACUCUCGGUGGAGACGGAGGAGGCAACGCCAAUGCAAACGCAAACGCAAACACUCAGAAUUCAGCUCUCGAUGGCUUCCUUGCAGCGGCUCAGGGAGCCGCAAAGAAUCAAACAGGCACCGCUGACGCGGCUACAGCUGGUACGGCUCAGACAAGUCCAGGACAAGGCGAGGCUGCCUCCCCAACUGUUGCAGCUGAAGGAGCGACGGGAGCUGGCACGGCAGAAACUGCACAGGCGGCCGAAGCAGGUCAGCCCAAAGCCGUUGCGGAGUCUGAUCAGUUCUCUGAGGAUGCGGGCAUCACCCUAGACUCCAAUGGUAACGCGCAGAAUUUGGGAGGAGACCUGGGCAUCACGAAGGGCUCGGAUGGAUCCACGUCUGUUGGAGGUGCUAGUGGCAUCAAUAUCUCGCCUGCAGCGUCUGCGUAG